AUGAUGCCGGUGAAGUUAGGCGAGAUCGCUCUAACGGCUGUUUUCGCUAGAUUCACAGUGCCCAUCACUUUGGGGAGCUCCUCAGAGGUAGUCACAGACGAAAGAAGAAUUUGUCGCGGUAUCACGUCGAAUGCGGUGAAAGUCUGGUUGAAAAGCAGGAAGACAGAUGCCAGUGCUAGAGUUUUGCCAAACAGCGGAAUGCAGAGCAGGGCCAGCCCGCAAGGGAUCUGUGUCAGGAUUGACGACUUGACUGGGCCGACGUGUUUGGCGAACCAGGCGGACGGAAUUGCAGCGAGUGCUUGCAAAACGUCCAGCGACGAGAAGAUGGCUCCGAGAGUUGCUGCUGGAGCGUCAAACUCAACGGCUUCCUCGAUGGACUUGAACGGGCCCGUCUCGCUUCCUGACGGAGAAAUCACACCUAACACCGAGGCGAUGAGAAGCAGGCCGAAGCUAUCCGUUCCUGACGCAAACACGGCGCCCGAGGCCAGCAUCAGAAAGCUUCCUAGCACCAUGAUGCGGCGAUUACCUAUUUUGUUGGAGUUCCACACCAAAACGUACGACAGCAGCGUAUCUCCUAUCAUGGUGAGCGACAUGAACAGUCCGAUCAAUGACUCCUUUAUGUGCAGCUCCUUGAGAUACAAAGUCAGCACCUGGUUGGUCAGACUAAAAGAUGCCAUUCGCACAAAUACCGAGAACCAUAGCACUUUUGCAUCUGAGCCCGCAUGGCCGAUGCUCUCUAGGAAGUGUACCAUAAUAUAUUGA